AGCAAAGCAUAUCCCAGCCCAAUUGCCGAUAUGUAGGCACAGAUUUGAGGCGGAUUCGAGAACAUCUCAGGGUUAUACAUAAUUGGGACUUGGAACUCAAGGGGGACGUCGCUCAGCUACUACAGCAGAGGACGAAAGGAGCAACAGUCCGUGGAGGACAGGAGUCUAUUAUCAACGAUUGUUCUUGAGGGGACUAGGAAGUGAGCUAUUCGAGGUAGCAAGAGGGCUGAGUCUCGAACAAUCAAUGGUUCAAGACAAUGAGUCACAAGCCAGACUUCAGCAAGCCAUCCAUGCAUUCCAGAGCAAGGGCAAAGAUAUUCGAAGACGAGAGGCAGGACGUAUUGACAUAGAGGACGACUUCACUGCGCCAAACCCUGGGAAAAAGGACUUCUUGAGGGAUUUGAUCGCUAUGGAAUACGAAGUCGACCCGAACGAUCCAGACAAGUCGGACGAUGCUCAACUACGGUUCGUACAUAUCGCAUUCGAUCGGCUGAUCAACCACGCCAAGGCUGUUCUUACUCCAAAUGUUAUAUCUUGGAACGCUUUAUUCGAAAGAAGGUAUACACUUGUGGUCAAGCAGCUAUUUGCUUACAUCGUGCGAUGCAUGUCUUUUAAGGACAAGGCGGAUCGACCACCAUUCAAAAUCAGCAUAAAGCAGCAGAAGGCUUAUGAUGUCAUGAUGGAUCAAGCAGAUGGCUUGACUGAUGCUUGGAAAGAAUAUGAGGGUGACCCAGAAGCGCCCGAGAUUGUCAGACUUCUUGAUCUACUGGAGACUGCCGUUCUGGAGCUAUAUAUCUCUGUUCUUGACCAUUUCACGAAGGACACGGAGUACGAUAGCGUUCUUGUCAGCUUCUUGACCGUUCUCAGUGUGCGAGCAGAUGGUACUUGGGAGGGCUAUUCAGGUUUCACGCCAAAGCUUUCUGCCAUUAUGGCAAUCUCUCGUCUAUGCAUUAUUAAAUACGCUGUGGAUCAACGAGCCAAAGUUAUCAAGCAAAAGAUGCAGCAGGGUCAAAGUCAAGAAGAAGCAGAGAGGAAUAGCCCGAGCUAUUUUGCACUGAUAUCCGAGAUGACUCGUCGGUUUAUGGUAGGCGGGGGAGAGGGCUGGGAAACGACACCGACGUAGUUUAUUAUCCGGCUCCGAAAUUUCGGCAUGGCUGCACAAAACAACACGGCAGUACAUGGUUCAGUAAGCUGGGACAAGGGCAGAGAGGAGCUUAUCUACAAGGGUAUUCGUCUCAGCGUUCUCGAUAUACAGGCGAUGAUGAGACUAGCGGUCCAACAGUUGGAGACUAUUCUCUACAAGGAUUUAUUAUUGUUCACCGAGUUCUCAGAGUAGUCUUCGGCCGAACUUGGACUGCCCAAAAUCCCAUGGGACCAGCUUCUGGAUAAUGCGGCUGACGAAACGAUCUGGCAUUCGUUCAUUGAUAAAUUAUUCCAACGCGAC